GGGGCGUGGCCACAGGGCGCUGUCAUGGCGGACGGGGAGCGAUCGCCGCUGCUGCCGCCCGAGGCGGGGCCGGGCCCGGGCGGGACCGCGGCCGCCGGCGGUGCGGGGGCAGGUCCGGGUGAGGCCCCGCCCCCUUACUCGCCCUUGGGCAGCCCCGAGGCGCCGGGGGGGGCGGGGCCUCCGGCGGUCACGUGCCGCGUGUGCCAGCGGCCAAUCAGCGUCGAGGGGAAGACGCAUCAGCACGUGGUCAAGUGCGGGGGGUGUGGCGAGGCCACGCCAAUCAGAACGGCGCCCGGCGGUAAGAAGUACGUGCGGUGUCCGUGUAACUGCCUGCUGGUGUGCAGGGCGUCGGCGCAGCGCAUCGCCUGCCCCAGGCCGUACUGUAAGCGGAUCAUCAACCUGGGCCCAGUGCAGACGGGCGCGCCCAGCCCUGACCCCGCCCCCGGGGGCGUGCGCGUGGCCUGCGCCCACUGCGGGGGGCCUUUCCUGUGGGCGGAGCUCCCCGAACGCUCAUUGGCUCGCUGCCCGCACUGCCGCAAGGUGUCUGCGAUUGGCCGGCGGUUCCCACGGCGACGCUGCCUCUGCUGCCUAUUGGCCGCCCUGCUGAUGGGCGGGGCCGCGGCUGGGCUGGCGGCCGGCACGUGGUGGGCGUGGCGCCGGGGGGCGCGGUGGGUGCCGGCAGCGUGGGCGGCGCUGGGGGCGGGCGCGGGGGCGUGUCUGCUGCGCGCGGCCUAUUGGGGCUGCGUGCGCGUCAGCCAGCCCCUCCCACCGCGCGCCUGACCACGCCCACCCGCCCCCUGCCUCGUGGGACACGCCCCUUCCUGCUGGGAACCUUCGCCUUUCAACGUGGGACACGCCCCUUUACUUCAGAGCCACGCCCCCUCAUCGUGGGACACGCCCCUUCAUCAUGGGACACACCCCUUUCCUUCUGAGCCACGCCCCCUUCUUGUGGGACCUAUGUCCCUCAUCAUGGGACACGCCCCUUUCAGUAAAACACACCCAUGGGCGUGGCUUGUUGCUAUGAUGUCACUCAGCCACGCCCCUUCAUUGCUGCACAACUUAUUCUCUUCAGGCCCCGCCCCCUUGUUCUUUAUUUUGCAUGGUCCCGCCCCUUCCUGCAUGACCCCGCCCUCUUGUACAUAAGCCCCGCCCUUUUUCCGUGUACAGCGUUAUUUAUUGGCCACGCCCACAGAGGGGCUUGGCUCCAGGUGUAAAUAAACCCAAAAUCGGCAUUUUUCA